CGCGUAUAUACACUCCUCUUUUAAAUAAGUAGACCACAUAGCUCUCUCACGUAGGAGAGCCCCUCGCCUUUUCUGCUUUCCUCCUCUCUCCAGCUUCAGGUAUGCUUGCAGAGGAGCUUCUCAUGACUAACACCAUACUUUCGGAUCGUGGGAUGGGCUGCUGCAACAGCUGCUGCCUCGGGUUUUUGAGGGGACCUGAUAAGCCAACCAACGCCAUCGAUCGCUUGGCCAAUCGUUUCUCUCGGGAUUGUACCGUGACGCCCUGCUCGGAAGAACCCGAUGAUGAUGAUGAUGAUCGAUUUCAUGGAGAUAGUGGGAGUUUCUAUGGCCAGAGAGAUCGGGCCAUCUACCGAGGAGUACCUGUUAAAGAGACGGGUCGUGUUUGGCGGGGCCGGCAUGCAAGCGGGAAGAAGAUGAUCAACGAAUACACGAUGGAGCGUAAGAUUGGAUGUGGAAGCUACGGGAAAGUAGGUUUGUAUCGAAGCAAUAUCAGCGGAAAGCAGUAUGCUAUUAAGACGUUUUCCAAGUCCCGUUUGAUGAGGGUGCGAGUUGCACUGGCCGAAACGGCUAUGAUGGAUGUACUUCGGGAGGUUUCAAUCAUGAAAACGUUGGAACAUCCAAACAUAGUCAAUCUCAUUGAGGUGAUUGAUGACCCAGAAUCAGAUCAAUUCUAUAUGGUUCUAGAGUAUGUGGAUGGCGAGCGGAUAUGCGAUCCUUCUGGAUCGCCCGGUGGGAUCGGAGAAAGAUCGGCUAGAAGAUACUUGAGGGACAUGAUCUCUGGGCUUAUGUAUCUCCAUGCUCAUAAUAUCGUGCAUGGGGAUAUCAAGCCUGAGAACAUUUUGGUCACCAGAAGUGGAAGGGUGAAGAUUGCUGAUUUCAGUGUUAGCCACGCUUUCCAGGAUGAUAAUGAUGAGCUUUGGAGAUCCCCUGGGACGCCACUUUUCACUGCACCCGAAUGUUGCUUGGGUUUUAGUUACCAUGGUAAAGCUGCCGACACUUGGGCAAUAGGCAUCACAUUGUAUUGUAUGGUACUAGGUCAUUGCCCGUUUAUUGGCGACAGUCUACAAGAUGCAUAUGACAAGAUAGUUAGUGAUCCGUUGUCUCUACCGGCAGAACUCGAUCCGGAGCUGAAGGAUUUACUCGGAGGACUUCUUUGUAAAGAUCCAAUGCAAAGGAUCACCUUAGAUGCCGUGGCCCAGCAUUCUUGGGUGGUUAGAGAGGGUGGCCCAGUCCCUCGGACAUCAUGUAAAUGCAAGGGAAGCAACUUUCGGAGCGGAAAUUGCGUCAGAGCUCAACCAGAUUUUGUUGAUUCUUUUAAUUUAGAAUGAUUCUUUUCUAUUUAUAAUAGUUAUUUUAAUUGAAUCAGCCAUUAAUUUUUUAAUCUCAUUAUUUGAUGGUCCA